GAUUCCCGAAAAGUGGGUGCUCUCGUUCUUAGGUCAGAAGAGAUUGGGAAAGAAAGACACUGAAGAAGGCUGUGAAACAUCUUUUCGUCCACAGGAGUCCUUCCUCCACUUGUGUAGUGACAGCUUUGUUGCAAGCAGAUCUUGGAAGAUGACAAUGGACCAAAUCUUAAAGGAGAUUGAGAGAUGCCAGGAUACAUGGAAAAGUUUAGAAGGAGACUGCUUAUCCUUGAAGGCAAAUACAAGGGCAAGUGAGCAGGACUUGGUCAAGUUCCAAGAAGAAUAUGAGCUUCUCGGUCAAAAACUUAUUGAAGCGGAAAAUGAGGCUCAGGCCCAGGAAGCCUCUUUCCAGAAAAAGCUUCAAUUGGAAAAGAAGGAUUCAAAGCAGCUAAUGCAAGAAAAAUUGGCAUUGGAAAAUGAAUUGAAACAUCUGGAGCAGCUCCAUGCAACCCAGGAACAAAUUCGUAAGGUGCCAGCUGCUCUUCCUGACAGAGAAAUGGUGUUUAAAGGUCAUGUGGAAGAGGGAAAGAUGGAGAGCUUGCCAGAAAUGUUGAGUUUUUUGCCCCAGAUCCGAUACCCUGUACUUGGGGGAUCAGCUCUCAUCACCUUUGAGGAUCCUGAAGUUGCCAGGAGGAUCAUCCAAAUAGGACAGCAUUGCAUUCAACUAGAUGAAUGGAGCUACAUGGACGUGAAGGCUGAAGCUAUGACAUUGUUGCUGCCCUCAUUCUUAAAGCAGAUCUCCCUGAAGCAGAGUUCCCAUCAAGUGCUAUUAUCUGGAUUGUCUGCUUUCUCUUUACCCAAGGAUCAACUCCACGACAAGCUAAUUCUGUUUUUCAGCAAACGGAAGAACCAAGGGGGUGAAGUGGAUCAUCUGGAACAGCUUCCAAACUCGGAUAAUGUAGUGUUGACUUUUGUAGAUGAUGGAGUGGCUCAACGGAUCGUUGAAAAAGGGCCGUUCCUGGUAUUGCUUGGAAAGGAGACCCAUCAGGUCAAGGCAUCACAUUGCUUACAUGGGGAAAUUGCAGAUUUACAGUUGCAUCCUUCCAUCUGUCCUCGUACCGUCCUGCUGACAGAGAUUCCAGAUGUCAUAGAGAGGGAGAUGAUGUGUGAAGCUCUGGAGAUCCAUUUCCAGAAGGAAAGCAAGGGUGGAGGAGAGGUGGAAGCUGCUGUGUAUGUUCCAGCUGGACAUUAUGCAGUAGCUGUUUUUGAGGAGGAGGACUGAUUCUGAAUGCCAAAGCUAGAAGAGAUGACAUUUCAUUUGUGAUACAACCAAAAAAAAGUACAUGGAGCAUACUAAUAUUCCAGGAAAGAGGGGAUGAAACUUUUUGAUUGCUUGAAUUGAAGGUUAGAGGAAUGAGGUAAAAACUGAGGAACUGGAUGAUUAGGAGGAAAAUAAGUCUAUUUGUAGUUUAGAUAAUGGAAAGAUCCUCUGCCACAAUUAUAUCUAUUUUUCAAGUCCGAACUAUCCACAAUGUGGUAUGUGUUGUUGUUUGUUUCUUUUAGUAAUUUCAUUGCAUGGCAUUGAAGUGCCUGCUGAAUUUCUAAAUUUUUCUGCAGAUCAUGUUCAGUAAGAAAAAUAAAUAACUAUGAAAUAAGGAGGCAUAUGUAUAAAACAAUAGGCCUUAGAAUGAAAAAUUCAAAAUUAGGAAAAAAUAUAUACCGAUAACAGAAAGCUGUAAAAGUGUAACUGUGAUUUUAAUGUU